AUGGUCAAUUAAAUUGUUACUCGUUUCAGUAGUCAUAGGAUGGAAAAGUUACUAACAAGAUUUUCAAAAUAUUUUCUUAACAGGAUACAAUUUUUGUCCUAAUUAUCAUAUACAUAUGCCUGGUUUACAUCCACAUCAAUGUGUUUGUAAGUGUUAUUGAUAAUUUUUAGCUUAUUCUUAAAUAUGUUUGGGAGUAACAAAAGUAGAAACUAGAAUAGAUGUGAAUAAUUUUGA